GUGGAAGUGUGGCACUUUUGGGGACCAAGACCUCUAUCAAACUCCACAGAGUAUACAGUUGUAAGAACAGGAAGUAUUGAACAUCCAGCCGACCACUGAGUGAUGCACGGCUCAACCUGAGAAGCGGCCACCCUGUGUGGAGCUGAGCCAGGCCGAGACCUCCUCACAGCCCGCGAAGCGACAGAGCCCCCAGCUACAGCCAAGCCCGCACGCCUCACGGUCGGAACGCCUCACCAGCUCUCAGAACGGAAGACUCCAGACGCCCGCCGUCUCCAAGGGCAACGCGCGACCACACUUCCGGAAACGGCGCGUACGGAGGGCGCUUCUAUUUUGCGUCACUUCCUCUCCUCCAGGCGUUGUGGCUCCGGGCAGGGUGAGGUGGGAGUUCCGUGAUUGUUUCUCUCCCGGUGCUGAACACUGUGUCAGGGAAAGCGCUAGGACCGCCGCGUCCGCCAGGGACAGGCUCUGCCCGCAGACCAGUCCUUGGCGUUUCUAGUCGGGGAAGAUCGCGCCGCUACGGUGGCCGAGCAGGUUUGAGCGCGCCGGAAGUGUUCGCCGGCGCUCGCUCCUAGCUGGGCUAGAGACGCACGUGGCGCGGCCGCGGGGAACAUGUCUUUCCGAGGCGGAGGUCGCGGCGGCUUCAAUCGCGGGGGCGGAGGCGGCGGCUUCAACCGUGGCGGCGGCGGCGGCGGUAGCAACAACCACUUCCGAGGGGGAGGCGGCGGCGGCGGCGGCAAUUUCAGGGGCGGCGGCCGAGGAGGAUUUGGACGAGGGGGCGGACGUGGAGGCUUUAAUAAGUUCCAAGACCAAGGACCUCCAGAGCGUGUCGUCUUAUUAGGAGAGUUCAUGCAUCCCUGUGAAGACGACAUCGUUUGUAAAUGUACCACAGAGGAGAACAAGGUGCCUUACUUCAAUGCUCCUGUCUAUUUAGAAAACAAAGAACAGAUCGGGAAAGUGGAUGAGAUAUUCGGACAACUGAGAGAUUUUUAUUUUUCAGUUAAGUUGUCAGAAAACAUGAAAGCAUCUUCCUUUAAAAAGCUACAGAAGUUUUAUAUAGAUCCAUUUAAGCUGCUACCACUGCAGAGGUUUCUGCCUCGUCCUCCCGGUGAGAAAGGACCUCCCAGAGGCGGAGGUGGCGGCGGCAGGGGAGGUCGAGGAGGAGGAAGAGGAGGUGGUGGCCGAGGUGGUGGAAGAGGUGGUGGCUUUAGAGGUGGAAGAGGUGGAGGUGGGGGCUUCAGAGGAGGAAGAGGAGGUGGUGGAUUCCGAGGAAGAGGACAUUAGAUGUGGCAGUUUUGACAGACCUCACCACUUGUGUUUUCGCUGCGUGAUCAGCUUCUGCUGUGAUUGAAGUCUGUGUCUGGAGCAACCUGGAGGAUGCUUCUCUGUCAGUGGAGCUGAAUCGUCAGCACUGGGUAGAAAAAGCGGGACUGAACAGUCAGUGUUGCUCAGAAAGAGCAUGAAGAACCAACCCUGCUUUGUACAAUACCUGGCACUCUGUGGGUGCUUAAAGAACAAUGGGACUUUUCAUUCGAAGCAUACUUGGCUUUUUUAAAAUAAAAUUUUUUAUUUCUUUAA